ACUAUACCACAUUAGGUUCUGCAGCAUUUUGACGAACGUAGAAGAACCGAUCGAUCUUAUUCCAGGAGCGUCUUUCAACGGCCUGGCACUGAUGCGAGUCAUAACGUCAUCAUUGAACUCGAUCCAGUCGUCUCUGAAGCAAGUGAAAAACGACGUUAAGCCAUCAAAUAUCAAAAUUAUGAAAAAUAUUUUGGUAAUUAAGAAAACAGAUGACGCAGUUCGGCCAUUAUCUCCACAACCAGAUCCAAGCAAAGCGUCUACUUCAGUUCAAGAAGAAUCCGAGGAAACGAGACCGAGUACAACAAGUGAAUUAGACUCCACUCCUGAUUCUGAUAAUUCAGUAUCCAUGUCCAGUGAAGGUAUCCCUACGUUGUUCGGAUCGAUCAGAGCACCAGCGUUAUCCUCUGCUUUACAUGGUUCAUUAGUGAUGUCUGCCGAGUCUGUUUGA